AUGACAUCUCGAAUCCACGAUGGAAACGAUGUAUACGAAAAAGCCGAGGAAUACUGGAGUCGAGCGAGUCAAGAUGUGAACGGAAUGCUCGGUGGAUUCGAGAAAUUGCACACUCCGGAUAUCACAAUUUCGAAACGAUUCAUUCAGAGUUUGAAGAAAAAAAAUCUCUUCGCUUCAUACGACUACGCUCUCGACUGUGGCGCUGGAAUCGGUCGAGUCACCAAACAUCUCCUGAUGCCUCUAUUCAAAAAAGUCGAUAUGGAAGAUCUCGUCGAGGAGCUCAUCGUCAGCAGUGACCAAUACAUUGGAGCAGAUCCACGUGUUGGAGAGAAAUUCAUUGAGGGAAUUCAGACGUUCGCACCGCCUGAGGGUCGCUACGAUCUCAUUUGGAUUCAGUGGGUGUCCGGACAUCUGGUUGACGAGGAUCUUGUUGCGUUUUUCAAGCGAUGUGUUAAAGGACUGAAACCAGGCGGCUGCAUCGUGUUAAAAGACAACGUGACAAACAAUGAAAAACGGUUAUUCGACACAGAAGAUCACAGCUGGACGAGAACGGAACCAGAACUUAUGGAAGCAUUCGCUGGUGCUCAACUCGAAAUGGUUCAGAAAACCAUUCAGACUGGAUUCCCGAAAGAAAUCUUCCCAGUUAAAAUAUUCGCAUUAAAGCCUAUCGGUCAACAGACGACGAGUGCCGAAGAUGAUUGA